UGGGCUCUUCAGGCUGCAUGAUAUUCUUGACGAAGAAACUUACGAUAGAUUUACUGCUCCAUAUCAACCAGGAAAGCCAACAGUUGUUGCAGUAAAGAUUAUUAUAAUAAAUAUUCGUUCCCUGGAUGAAUCGGAAAUGACAUAUUGGGCCGAUUUAUUUAUUCAAUUUAAAUGGAAAGACAGAAGACUUAAGUUUCCGAAGACAAGUAACUCAUCUACAGUCAUAUUGAAUCCAGAGUGGAGGAAUAAAAUAUGGACACCUGAUACAUACUUUAAGAAUUCGUUAGACGGAAGAUUAGAUGGAGAUAUUAUUCCAUAUAUGUUUUUAAAAUUAUCGAAUGAUUCGACUGUUCUUUUUAUGGCAAGAAUAACCCAACUUUUUAGUUGUAAUAUGGAUUUGCAUUAUUUUCCACACGAUACUCAGACGUGCUCAAUAUUCAUGCAAAGUCUAAAUACUAUUCGUGAAGAAAUGGAUCUUAUAUGGCAUCCAGGUAGAUCGAUGACAAUCGUCGAAUAUUUGAAAUUAAGCCAAUUUGAUAUAAUCAAUUAUACUUGUCACACUUGCCAUGUUCAUUAUUCUACAGGAAAAUAUUCUUGCCUCGAGGGUCGGAUAAGUUUGAAAAGAAGAAGUGGAUAUUAUAUCAUUAACAUUUAUAUUCCCAGUACAUUAAUCGUUUUGAUGUCCAUGCUAACAUUUUGGAUUCCACCGGAAGCAGUUCCUGCCAGAAUUACUCUCGGUGUUACAAGUUUAUUGACAAUUGUUACGAAACAGUAUCAGUCUUCUUUGCCGUCAGUUUCUUAUAUAGUUGCUCUCAACAUAUGGAUGUCUACCUGCAUCGGGUUUGUUUUCUUUAGCCUUGUUGAAUACGUACUUGUGGUAUCAUUAAAUGUUGAAGUCAAAAGUCAAAUUAUAAGUAUUAUAGGACCCACAAAGGAACCUCCCGUAACUCAGAAAAAGACAAAUGCUAGACAAAUAGCUUGGCAAGAGAAGAAAAUAAAGAAAAAAUUUGAUAGUAAAAUUAUCGACAAAAUAUCUAGAGUAGCCUUUCCAAUAUUCUUCCUCAUGCAAUGUAUUUUCUAUGGAACUUAUUACGAAGUUUUCCAUUUUACUCCUGUAAAUACGUAA